UAUUCAAAUCUACAUUAUAAUUAACAAAACCAUUUGAUUUUGUUUGUAUAAAAAGAAGUGCUAUAAAAAUUAUGUGAGGAUUGCGUAUUAUUUAUUGUAUCUACUUUUAGGUGUUGUUUGACAUUAAUAAAAGACGCCAACCCAGAUGUUCAGCAAGAGCUUGAUCUCAUUGCUGCAUUGCAAUUACUCAGCGCUUUCAACUUGACGAUUCUUCCGAUACAAGUUCGUCUGUGUGAAGAUCGCAUGACGUUGAUAGAAGAAUGUUUGAAGACCGAUCCCAACGCUUACAUGGCGAGUCAUAAGCUCCUGAAGUUAGCUAAAUUACUCCGGAUAGCUGGCGACGAUGAACAUACAAGGGAGGCGCAGGUGUUGGUGUGCGUGGGCGGGGCGGCGUGCGCGGCGGGCGGGUGGGGCGCGGCGGGCGAGGCGGCCCGGCGGCUGGCCGCGCUGCAGCACGCGCCCGCCGCGCCGCUGCUGGCGCACGUGGCCGCGCGCGCCACCGCCCACGCCGACCCCGCGCUCCGCCGUUUGCUGCUCGCCGCCGCUGCGCACGCGCUCCCGGCCGCCGCGCUCGAGGACGUGCUCAGGGACAGGUACACGCCACGUGCCAUUAUGCCUCACUCGAACGGUCAAACCUACAUCGGAUGAUGGUAUGAGUGGGUAAAAAAAAGAUAGAUAAUAGAAAAGUAUUAGGUACCUUUCUUUUUUAUUUCAAUUUAACAAGAAAUUGCUUAGAUAACAGGCAUUAAAGUUGAGGAGUGGGCUCGCUAUGUAACAGUUUUGUAGAAAAUGUACAAAAGCGUCACAUUCACAAUCAUGUGACAUUUUAACUCAACGUAUCGUCAUAAUUUAAAUAUACGCAAAAAAAUAAGAAAAAUACUUGUUUAAUAUUUUUCAACAAUCUACCUGACGGACAAACAAAAAAAUAGACGUCAUCCUA